AUGGAUAAGGCUGAGUACUGCGCAAAACUAGGAAACCUCUUGAUGGACAAGGAAGCUUAUGCGCCAUCGACCGUCAGCGAGUUUAAGAAGCUCGUAAACAGCAUAAACAAUACGAUCGGCAAGCUGAGGAAGGCGGGAGCUCUUACGAGAAGGGAAGCGUUGGCCGCCAAAGCCAGUGAUACCGCGAUGGCGCGCUUCUACGGCCUACCAAAGGUCCACAAGCAGGGGGUGCCGCUACGCCCCAUCGUCUCCUUACGUGGCACUCCAACCUUUGGGCUGUCAAAGUGGCUGUACCAGUGACUUUGUUUCCUUACCAAGGAUUCGGAGUGGACAGUGAAGUCGGCUGAAGAGUUCUUGACGCGCAUCAAACAUCUCGAGGUGGAGGCAGAUGAGGUGAUGGUGUCAUUCGACGUGAUCUCAUUAUUCACCUCCAUCCCACCCGUGCUGGCUAUCGACACUAUUGAUGGCUUUCUCCGGGAAAAGUAUGAUGAGACCGACCAACAUCUCAAACGAGCACACAUCAUCGAGCUCCUAGAACUGUGUCUUAAGACCUUCUUUACAUUCAACGGCCAAGUCUACGAGCAAAAGAAGGGGACACCGAUUGGCUCGCCUCUGUCUGGACUAAUUGCCGAAGCAGUUUUGCAGAAACUCGAGCAGCAGGUCUUCAGCUCGUACCCCCCGAAGUUCUGGGCCAGAUACGUCGACGACACGUUCGUUGUAAUCAAGAGGAGCGAGGUGAAGGCUUUCAAGACAUUGUUGAACUCAAUCUUCCCUGACAUUCAGUUUACUAUGGAAGAGGAAGUAAACAAUCAGUUGCCCUUCCUGGACGUACAAGUUACGAGAUUGACAGACGGGAAGAUAAGGACAACGGUUUACCGUAAGGCAACAAAUACUAGGCGCAUCCUCCACUUCCGAAGCAACCACCCUGUUGGUCAUAAACGCAGUUGUGUCAGAACUCUCUUUCAACGUGUUCAAACACACUGCAGCGACGACAGUGGGAGGAAGGCGGAGAUGAACUACUUACAGGGCCUUUUUAGAGUCAACGGCUACCCGAAAUCCUUCAUACGCAAUUGCCUCAAAAAGCCUCAUUUUGAGCGGUCGAGUGGAGAAAAGCCCAAGUUCUGGCUCUCAAUACCGUAUGUGAAGAACGUAUCAGAGGCAACGGCAAGAAUCCUGAAACCUUUUGGGAUUGGCGUGGCUCAUAAACCAGAAUGCACCAUAAAACAGCAAAUCAUGAAGCCCAAGGACCCGCUACCAACAACAGAACAGUCGGCGGUGGUCUACAGCAAACCAUGCCUAAAUUGCAAUGCAAGGUAUGUUGGUGAAACGGGCAAACGCAUCGGCACAAGAUUGCACGAACACCAACUUGCAAUCAACCGCAAGGACAAGCUGUCUUUGGUCUAUGGCCACAUACGAGAACUGAACCACAAUUUUGCCUUUGAGAAAGCGAGGGUAAUUGGUCGAGCCAAUGAGGAGAUGGCCAGACUGGUGCUUGAAAGUUGGUCCUCGACUGGUACACUCAACCGAGCUAUAGAUCUACAUCCCGCCUACCAAGCACUGCGUACAAGGCUCGGAUCAGUCCGGACAGGACCAGUAAGGCAAGCGAGCACGCGGGACCAAGAGUCAACGCUCACGGAAAAGAGCGGAAUUGGGGGCCAGAGGUCAUGUGACCAAAGCCGAACACUGUCUCACCGAUGCGCCCGCGAAGCUGAAUGCUGCUCACCUGAACAGCAACGACGGAUCAGUCCACCGGCUGACGUGGGAGGGACCAAGCGGCACGUUGAUUUGACCACAACUAAGCCGACCCCAAAGGGAACAAUGGUCACACAGGCCUAUCAGCGGUCAGCUCCGGGGAGGUCUAAGCCAGUCAGCGGCAAACAGGCAGGUCAAAGUUCGUGCGUCCAGCACGGCUAUAAUACGAGGCAAGCGGCAAGACUGAAUAACUCAAGACCCGCAAGUGCAACAAUUACGCUACUCUGAUGAUGGAAACGAGAAAGUUUCCGAAACGUCAGUUCGAAUACAAUAUGGUCCAUGGAUUCGCCCUCUCUUCUUCUUCGUCUUCUUCGGGAGAUGACGAACGCGAUACAAUGUCUGGACCUCGAAUCUUUACGCAUAUCGAUAAUAGCAAAUAUAAAUGUAUGAUUUUCUUUGCACAGAAAAUGCACAUCUUGGGGUUUGUUCACCCCGAAUGCCAAUGUAACGGUAGGCCCGGUUUAAAAUUAUUCGGAAAUUGAGAAAGUCUUCUGAAACCGAAAGACUGUUUCUUUAACUGUGGAAUUUGAAGAAGAUGUAAUCUGCUAUCAAAUGAGUAAAAUAAAGAAUAUUUUUGCGCGUGUCUUCUGCGAGAUGUAUUUUAAUUUAUAAGGGCAUCGAAAAUCAAUGGGAAAAUAAUCACGCUAUUAACAGUGUCAUCUUUAACGGAAUUUAGUUUACACAAUCGGUCUAUAAGGAGCUCAUUCGAAAGCCGGCAUCCUGACGUAACUGGGGUAUUGUAUGUCAAUGCGUCAAGAUAAUUAAUAUAACAACCAUAUAUAAGUAACGGCACAUUUCGGAAUUUCGUCAGCAUUUUAUGAGAUAGCAAAUGUACUAUAUGUCCCGAAACAGAAUCGAUGAAUGCUCUGCGUACGAUAGUUAGUAUUUCCGAUCGCAACCGAUGGAUAAGUCGACCACGGCCCAGUGAUAGAGCAUUCGAAUCAGUGGUCAGAAAUUCUGGGUUCCAGUCCUAGAUGCUGCGAAUCCGUGAUUAGGUAGGGCGGACUGACGAUGGCUAACAAGUCAGAAAUGGCAAUCCUAAUUUCCUUUGAAUUUGCCGACACCCCUACUUGACACUAUACGACUGACUUCGAAAGCUCUAGCCUGAGCCACAGUAUACAAACGGACAAGCCCGUUGCGCAAACCGAUCGGUGAUCGCCCUUCUCACCUAAAUAUAUAUUCAUAGAAGAUCGGGGUGCACAUCGAUCCGCCAGCUUGCGAAGCAAACAAAAUCCGCAGGAUUGUUAGACGUCGUAAAUAGACAUCCUCUUGUUAGGCCAAACUCGGCCAAAACGGGAGUGCUGAUUCUAACUUAUUCUUCUUUUAUUCGUCUAAUCAUAAUUUUGACCAGUAUCCGACAGCAGAAACACAAAUAUAGAUGCACACGUAUCGCGCAGAUAAUCUGCAUAAGGGUCUGUCAUCUGCGUCAUAAGUAUUCCAUCGUGCAGCGCUCAUCGGAGCCUCGUCAUCUGUUCUCCUCUCUAAGGCUGACCUACUGACUUUCUAAGGCAAUCGAAUUUCUAACAGACGUCAGUGUUCACGAACAGAUAGUUCUGGUUCUGCGUUCAGCCAUCGGGCCCGUAGUAAAGAAGCAGGUUUUAUCGUACCUCCACCCACGUAUUCUAUAGUCUGUUGGUACUUGCUUCGGCGAGGUUUGGUCUUGCAGCUCCACUUGAAUGUUACUAUAUGGCAAGUUUUCUAAAAAAUUUAUUAGAUGCAAAAACGCUGAAUUACAAAUAUUACGUAUUUGCAUCUUCCUAACCAUUUUAAUCUGGCGAGUGACUGUGCCAUGAGAGAGGAGUGCUUAUACCCUAACCUUGGUUACUUCAUGUAUCGGUUCAAACGCGCUUCCUUGCGAGUGCUUCUAGCCCUGUUUUGCACUCUCUUUAUUAUCCUUAUCCAGCGAGCGGCUAAGAAGAUUUGCUAAUGGAAUUAUUCCGGCGGUGUGGAAACCCAUCGGUUCAAUUUCAGUGUCCAUUUACCGCAAAGUACCACGCAGUUCGCACAGUGGCUUUCCAGAUGUGAUUACACCCUCCUUAUCCUCUACAUCCAGCGAGUGGCUGUGUCGGAGGGGGGGGGGGGGUGAAUGUGUGCACACCACCUUCACUCGCUUCCCGGCGUGUGCUUCGAGCUCUGCUUGAACCCUUUCCCUUCCUAAUCCAGCGAGUGGCUAACUCAGGUAUGUUAACUGAUAUUGUUUAAGUAGGCUGACCAUAUGUCAUCAAUCAAGUGGGCUGCUGAACCAAACCUCGCCCUUGCCUCAUUAAACAUCGAUCGAACUGCAUUAUUCGGUUGUGAUUGGUUGAACUCUGCUCCAUUUUGUCCUCGGGGAACCACGUCUAUCUGCCACCCUUCUCCGGCAUCCUCUAUCAAUUAGGGAAACUUCUAUUGUUUUAGCAGCCUAAGAAUCCCCGGUUCAGUCGUCGCAGUUCGGAAUCCCGUACAAAAAGAGUGAAAUCCUUCCCCAGAGGGACAAGAUGCAGCAACGUACUGGGAGGUGAUACUCCUGAUCUUACAGACAUUCGCGUCUUCGCCCCUCGAGUCUGUUUUUAUCCGUUUUGUGGUCGCUGACACAAAGCUCCGUACGUCCGCUUUCACAGCAAAACCGCCUAUUCAACUACGAUCCCUUUGGUCAUCUAAUAUUUAUCAUUAAAAAAUCGGUCUGCUUGGACCGUCAGAAUGUACAGCUCUAUGACGCCAUCGCUUCAACCUCAACUUGUUUUUUAUUGUUUUUCUUUUCAGUCUGGAGCUUUAUUUUUCCGCUUCAAAUGCAACCAAGGUCAACUGGUAAUAUAAACCGGAUUUACUGAUAGCGUGAAAUUUCGCGACCACACAAAUGGUAGCCAACGGUAUCUGUGUAUGUAGCUGGACCGCAGUGGGCGUGAAAUUUGAAAGAAACUUUAUAAAGGCGGGCGUGAGGAGGGUGCUUUCGACAACAGGGGUAUGCAUUCAAACACGUGCGUGAGCCGGAAGCUAGGGCGUUGGCUGAGGUGGAAGACUGGAGGAAGUCAAGCGAGUGGAAUGGUAGGAAAACAUGGAAUGCGGGUCAUUCAUUCGAGAGGCCUUGGUUGAACUGAAAAUAGAGCGAGUGUUUUGGGAUGAAAACCCCCGUCAGGGAGCUGCGAGGUUGGUCUCGUGACUCAGCUGUUUGUCCGUCUGCAGCUUUUCAUGCCUCUGAAUACGAUAGGAGCAGAAGUGUUCAAAUGGUGCAGCAUCCUAAAGGACAUUAUCGAGUUCGCAGCUCGACAGUUCCAGAUAGGAAACUCCACCACUGCCCCGGGAAGUGGCCCUAACGGUGACGCGUGUUCAGUCCAGGCCAGUUCAGUUCAGUUUCAUUGAGGCGAUGCAGGCGAACGUCUUGGAAAAGCAGGCAGCUGUAUGUUCGUCGACAAAGAGUAAACAUGAACGGCUACUCACCUAUUGUAAGUAGCACAAACAUAUGUAGGUUGGGCGACAGGUCAUGUGUGGCUGGCAGUUGGAAUGUCAAAAGGUCUGACAGCGUGUGCUAUGCCAGUAUCAGCAAACCAUGGCCGUCGCAGCCUGGUAUGGCCCUGACACAUGGUUCCCUGCCGGUAGAUGCGCCUGUGCUCCUGCUGGGCAUGCAGGUGGUGGGCAUGGCUGCCCAGCCAUCCUCGUCCUUCUGAUCCCUGUUGCGUCGUUGUUGUUGUUGUUGGUGGUGGUGGUGGUGGUGGUGGUGGUGGUGGUGGUGAAAAAUCCCUAGCAGGUGUAUGUUGUGGAUCAGGGGGUGUGGUGGCACGCUUAGGUGCGAGUCCGGCCGUGCCGGUGAUGUGGAAUUUGGAAAAAUGUAUGAGUGGUGCAUAUUUUGGUGGGAGAAUGUGUAGUGAUAUGUUCGUGUCUGCGGUGAAUUAUCGCAAGUUUUGAGAAGGCGCAUAUGACCUAAUAUGCCCAUGCGGAGAGUGAAUAUGCGUGUAUAGGGCGGACAGUGGAGGUGGGUGUAUUAGGCUCGGAGAAUGUAUGUCGGGGUAUUGGGCGCUGGCUCAUCGCUCACAAUAAGACGGGUUCGCAAGUGACCGACCAGGCCAAUGCGCGAAAUGAAUGGCGAUUGCAAUCGGAAGAAGUUGCGACCAAGUCCACAUUGCCGGAGGUAAGGAUUGUGAGAGUGAAGGUGUCGGUGGUCGGCAGCGAGUCAGGAGCGUUUUCCCCGAUGACGGUGGAACAAGGGGUUUGGAGCAGUGGUUGUUGAGGGUUGGCGCCGUCGUGGGCGGCGCGGGCGUUGAGAGAGGGUAGGUUGGGCAGUUGUCGGACGGCUGCUGCAUUGGGUCCGAAGAUGACCGACGAGGCCAAUCUGCACGCGGAAUGUCUGUUGAUGGCGCGGGCAGGUCGAGUGACGAAUUUGCCUGCCAGAGGCGCGCAGGACUUGCCAGCUUUUCACUUCUUUUUGCCGGUGGCGAUCCGGUUUUGUUCGUAGACUGUUGUGCCGGUCCUCACUGCUCUACUCCAGAAUAACCUGUUCUACGCGAGGACAUUCGAGGUCUUCGAGCUGAUCUUCAGUCGCUUCAGGGAGUUCUCCAGAGCGCCCUUGUAGCGUCAUUUUCGUCCUCCCGGGCGGCGAGCAUCUGUAGCGACAUUAACAUAGGAGACUCAUUCGGAUAAUCACGCAUCAUCCCUCCUCACCACAUGACCGCUCCACUGCAAUUGCAGUUGGCUCAGCGUGACGUGGAUGGUGAGGAAUUCGGUCAGUUCCAGGACUCUCGUGUCCAGGAUCGUGUCCUGUUACCUCAACUCCAGUAUUCUGCGGAGAUGUUGGUUGUUGAGUCUUUUGGCAUGGUUGAGGUGAACCGUCCAGGUCUGCCUUCCGUGGAGAAGUUUCGUCAGGACGACAGAUUUAUACAUCUUCAGCUUGACGUUUAUGUGGAGGCCGGGGCCGUUGCGUACGGGAGUUCUGUAGCCGGCAGAAGGCUUGGCUGGCUUUGA